AUUUUUCACGGACAUUGGACAUUAUAAAAUUUAAAUGUCAAGUCAAUUAGGGAUUCCAAUGAACUGUCAGUGGUGGUCGGUGGAUGGCUAAACUGACAUGGCCAUAGACACAGUUAAGGGGGGUGGUCAUGAUGUAUGUAAUGUUUACAUUGAAUAUUGACAAAUUUGUAAAGAAUAUCCUGUUUGGUUUUGUUUUUUUGGUAAUUGUGUAGCGAAAUUUGUGAAAUUGUGAUAGCAAAUUAAAUAUGAAGUGGUUUAAACAUUGGAUACGCCUAUGGAUGACAGUUUCGCCAUCCAGCAGCCAUAUUAUAUCACGUGAUUUGGAAUGCCUAAUUGAAAUAAAUAAACUAAAUAAACCUUAGAAUAUAAAAGAAGGUUUAUUUUAUAUUCUAAGAAAUAAACCCAUAAUCCCACAACCCAUAAAUAUAAACCGUUUUUUUUCUUUUGACACUGUAUAUUUAUUUAUGUAUUAAUAUUGUGAUUUUGUACUAUUUAAUAUUAAUAAUAAAUAAUUAUAUUAAUAUUGGUAUGGAUGUUGAGGUGUUAGUGCUGAAAUUAUAAUUCCCAUUUUUAUUCAGUUUAUAGAUUAAUUUUUGUUAGCUAUGGAGUUUAAGGUUGAAGUUAAGGAACAGUUUGUUGAAUAUAAUGAAAGAUGUAUAGAGAGUCAGAUAUCAACAAAGAUUGGAGGUUUUAAGAAUGAACCAGAUCUAGAAUCAGCAAUAGAAGUAAAAGCAGAAAUUAAGACAGAAUUUACUCAAGAUGACCAACGAUAUAUAGAAUGUCAGUUUAAUACGUCCCUUGAUCUUGAAGACUUAAAGAAUGAACCAGGUGAAGAUAACUCAGUUUUUUCCCAGAAGAGAUUGUUGGAUAUGGAGAUUAAGAGAGCAUUACCUGAAUGUCCAUCCAAUAACGAAGAACAAAUAAGUCCAAACUCUGGGGAAAAAGCGUUAAACAAUUCUAUUUGUUCUAAAUAUGUCUCUCAAAAAAACCUUUUAAAUGAAUAUAUAGAAGUUCAAACUAAAAAACGACUUUACAAGUGUGAAAUUUGUUUUAAGCAAUUUUCUCAAUUAGCUAAUAUGAAAAAGCAUUUGAGAGUGCACACUGGAGAAAAACCUUACCAGUGUGAAAUUUGUUUCAAGAAGUUUUCUCAAAAAGGCCAUUUGAAAAGCCAUUUGAGAGGACACACUGGAGAAAAAACUUAUAAUUGUGAAAUUUGUUUUAAUAAGUUUUCUAGAAUGGAUAACUUGAAAAAUCAUUUGAGAGCACACACCGGAGAAAAACCUCAUAAGUGUGAAAUUUGUUUUAAGCAAUUUAGUGAAGCAGGAAGUUUGAAAAAGCAUUUGAGACUGCACACUGGAGAAAAACCUUACCGGUGUGAAAUUUGUUUUAAGCAAUUUAAUCAAGUAGGAACUUUGAAGAAGCAUUUGAGAGUUCACACUGGAGAAAAACCUUACCAGUGUGAAAUUUGUUUUAAGAAGUUUUCUCAAAAAGCCCCUUUGAAAAGCCAUUUGAGAGGACACACUGGAGAAAAAUCUUAUAAGUGUGAAAUUUGUUUUAAGCAAUUUAGUGAAGCAGGAAGUUUGAAAAAGCAUUUGAGCGUGCACACUGGAGAAAAACCUUACCAGUGUGAAAUUUGUUUUAAGAAGUUUUCUCAAAAAGGCCAUUUGAAAAGCCAUUUGAGAGGACACACUGGAGAAAAAACUUAUAAUUGUGAAAUUUGUUUUAAUAAGUUUUCUAGAAUGGAUAACUUGAAAAAUCAUUUGAGAGCACACACCGGAGAAAAACCUUAUAAGUGUGAAAUUUGUUUUAAGCAAUUUAGUGAAGCAGGAAGUUUGAAGAAGCAUUUAAGAGUUCACACUGGAGAAAAACCUUACCAGUGUGAAAUUUGUUUUAAGAAGUUUUCUCAAAAAGGCCAUUUGAAAAGCCAUUUGAGAGGACACGCUGGAGAAAAAACUUAUAAUUGUGAAAUUUGUUUUAAUAAGUUUUCUAGAAUGGAUAACUUGAAAAAUCAUUUGAGAGCACACACCGGAGAAAAACCUUAUAAGUGUGAAAUUUGUUUUAAGCAAUUUAGUGAAGCAGGAAGUUUGAAAAAGCAUUUGAGACUGCACACUGGAGAAAAACCUUACCGGUGUGAAAUUUGUUUUAAGCAAUUUAAUCAAGUAGGAACUUUGAAGAAGCAUUUGAGAGUUCACACUGGAGAAAAACCUUACCAGUGUGAAAUUUGUUUUAAGAAGUUUUCUCAAAAAGCCCCUUUGAAAAGCCAUUUGAGAGGACACACUGGAGAAAAAUCUUAUAAGUGUGAAAUUUGUUUUAAGCAAUUUAGUGAAGCAGGAAGUUUGAAAAAGCAUUUGAGAGUGCACACUGGAGAAAAACCUUACCGGUGUGAAAUUUGUUUUAAGAAGUUUUCUAGAAUGGAUACCUUGAAAAAUCAUUUGAGAGCACACACCGGAGAAAAACCUUAUAAGUGUGAAAUUUGUUUUAAGCAAUUUAGUGAAGCAGGAAGUUUGAAGAAGCAUUUAAGAGUUCACACUGGAGAAAAACCUUACCAGUGUGAAAUUUGUUUUAAGAAGUUUUCUAGAAUGGAUACCUUGAAAAAUCAUUUGAGAGCACACACCGGAGAAAAACCUUAUAAGUGUGAAAUUUGUUUUAAGCGAUUUAGUGAAGCAGGAAGUUUGAAAAAGCAUUUGAGAGUUCACACUGGAGAAAAACCUUACCAGUGUGAAAUUUGUUUUAAGAAGUUUUCUAGAAGGAAUCAUUUGCAAAAUCAUUUGAGGACACACACCGGAGAAAAAUCUUAUAAGUGUGAAAUUUGUUUUAAGCUGUUUAGUGAAGCAGGUGAUUUGAAAAAGCAUUUGAGAGUGCACACUGGAGAAAAACCUUACGAGUGUGAAAUUUGUUUUAAGAAAUUUUCGAUAGCGCAUCAUUUGAAAAAUCAUUUGAAAACACACACUGGUGAAAAAUCUUUCACUGGAUAAAAAUCUUUCAAGUGUGAAAUUUGUUUUAAGCAAUUUAGUGAAACAAAUCGUUUGACAAGACAUUUGAGAGUACAUACAUACUGGAGAAAAACCUAACCAGUGUGACAUUUGUUUUAAGCAAUUUCAAGCAGCAACAAGUUUGGAAAUGCAUUUGAAAGUGCACACUGGCGAAACGCCUUACAAGUGUGAAAUUGAUUUUAAGCAGUUUUUUCCGAAAGGUCAUUUGAACGUACAUUAAGAGUACAAACUGGAGAAAAACCAUACAAGUGUGAAACUUGUUUUACGCAAUUUAGUCGAACAGGAAGUUUGAAAAGACAUUUAAAAGUGCACACUAAAAAGAAAAAUUAAAUUAUGAACAUUUUAUGAAAUUUAUUUUAAUUUCUGUUUAUAUGUA